AUGGAGACUCGCUCCUGUUUUGUGUCUAGAGAUGUUAUAUUUCAUGAACAUAUUUUUCCAUUCCUUAAAUCACCCAUAAAUGCUGCCAGCUUCUGUCCUUCUCCUUUUGCUGCAUGUUUUGAUGAUUCUCCUUCUACUACUACCUCUUUCCAUUAUAUUUCUCCUGUAUCUUCUACUUCCACCUCUUCCUCUUCUCUUCCUACUCCUCAUGCCUCUUCUCCUCCUGCCCCUUCAUCUAAUUCCCCUCAUUUAUUCUCACAGCCUUCUGCCUCUAUCUCUCCUCCUCAUGUUCCUCUUUUUCAUUCCACUUCUUCUUCUCCUCCUGCUCUCAGGAGGUCUUCUAGAGUUCACAAGCAACCUGAGUAUCUUAAGAGCUAUGUCUGUCAGUCUACUAGCUCCACUUCUGAAUCCUCUUCUAGUCUAGUCAAGCAACAUGUUUCUAAACCUUAUACCUAUUCUCAGGCAGUAACUGUCCCUGAAUGGCAGGCUGCUAUGAGACAGGAAUUUGAAGCUUUGGAGACUAAUGAAACCUGGAAUAUAGUUGAGUUGCCUUUUGGAAAGAAACCAAUUGGAUGCAAAUGUGUGUAUAAGGUUAAAUACAAAGCUAAUGGUUCUAUUGAAAGAUAUAAAGCAAGGUUAGUGGUCAGGGGUGAUACCUAA